AUGUCCGAGCUUAAACAACAACAGGGGGGUGGUAAAUUCAGUAAAGAUGAGCAUGUUUUAAUCUCCCAUUCACACCUCCGUCACGCCCCUCUUCAGUCCCCCUUCAUUCCCGUCUUCAGACCCCCCCUCCACAUCCCCCGUCACGCCCCCCUCCACAUCCCCCGUCACGCCCCUCCCCAGCUCCCCGUCACUCCCGUCUUCACGUCCCUCUUCACGCCCCCCUCCACGUCCUUCGUCACGUCCCCCUCCACAUCCCCCGUCACUCCCGUCUUCACGUCCCUCUUCACGCCCCCCUCCACGUCCCUCGUCACGUCCAUCCCCAGUCCCCCGUCACUCCCGUCUUCACGUCCCUCUUCACGCCCCCCUCCACGUCCCUCGUCACGUCCCCCUCCACAUCCCCCGUCACGCCCCCCUCCACGUCCCCCGUCACGCCCCUCUCCAGUCCCCCGUCACUUCCGUCUUCACGUCCCUCUUCACGCCCCCCUCCACGUCCCUCGUCACUCCCGUCUUCACGUCCCCCGUCACGCCCCCCUCCACGUCCCCCGUCACGCCCCUCUCCAGUCCCCCGUCACUUCCGUCUUCACGUCCCUCUUCACGCCCCCCUCCACGUCCCUCGUCACUCCCGUCUUCACGUCCCGUCUUCACGUCCCUCUUCACGCCCCCCUCCACGUCCCUCGUCACUCCCGUCUUCACGUCCCGUCUUCACGUCCCUCUUCACGCCCCCCUCCACGUCCCUCGUCACUCCCGUCUUCACGUCCCGUCUUCACGUCCCUCUUCACUCCCCCCUCCCCGUCCCUCGUCACGGCCCCUCCACUUCUACCGUCACGUCCCUCUCUUUGUCCCGCACCAAGCGCUUAG